AUGAGUGAAGAUAACAUCAAAAAGGAUGACAAUGAAGUCUUGUCAUGGUAUUUAAGAAACCUACGAGAAGGACGUUUUGAAAAUAUAAUUGAAGAUCGUGCCAAAAAUUAUCACUUGAAUACGAUUUUAGAUAGACAGUUAUUUGAUAACAAACAAUAUGGGGCGACAAACAAGAUACUAGUAUCAACCCUCACUUCCAUUGAUGAAAUAGUUUCAAUUAAAGACAUAUUUCUCGGGCAGCUAUUCGAUCAUGAAAGACUUCAGUAUAUUGAAGUUGAAGAACUGAAGUCCCUGAAAGGUGAUAAUAAAGAAACUCACUAUUUUUUAACUGACCACUUAAAUUCCUUCAACGACCUAUUGCUUGAGGAAGAGCGGCUCCAAACCUAUUCAACGAACCAUUCCCAGCAUUAUUUCCACCGGGCCAUGAAAAAUGAGAAAAAGAAGAAGAAGAGGAAGAAGAAGAAGACUUUGGUGAGACAUCUAGUUUUGAUGAGGAGGAACAAGAGGACGAUGAAGAAACAGAUGCCUUAUUCAUUAAUUUUUGAAUCGAGGCUCCGACAGUCAAACCGGAUUUCUAAGCUAGGCCACCAAUACACGCCUUACCAUUCAGAUAGUAUUUCGAUUAAUAGUUUUGGCUCGCAAAACGAUGAAAGUUUUUCUCAUGCUACUUCCUUAACCCGAGUUAAAUGUAAUGAGCAUAUUGAAGAAGGGUCAUCCGAGUUUUCAAAAUCCUUAAACAGUUUAAGUACUGACUUUCCUUCUUCAAUAGAGAAAAGUGAGUUCGAGAAAAAGGAAGAAGGAGACAAAAUACUCAUGGAUUAUGAGGAGGCUCUAUCUGUCCCCGUUGUUCCUAGCAUAUCUUGCCAUCAUCCAUAUGGACAGAUCAGAUUUGUUUUACAAUCUAUAGUAUUCAAGAGCGUAAGAACAGCAGAGCUAUUAACGGCAAUAAGGCAAUCUAGUGCGGAUAGGAUAGUGGCUACGAGCUCUGAUGAGUGGCUACUUUACGAUUCUGACUUCUCAUUAAAUAACUUAGAGAUUUCCACUUUACAGGAUAUUUUGUACCCAAACUAUGAAAAUCCAAGAAUUUUAUUUUAUACAAUGUCCGUAGUUUCAUAA